UUCCCGCGCGUUUAUAAUCUGACUUGUGGUCCUGAAGUUUUAGUCGUUGAAUGCUUCGUCGUUUUAUAAAGUCCUUGCCUGAUUUAGUCAUGGGCAAGAAUAGAAGCAAGGGUGGCUACUAUGCYGUGAGAAUAGGCCGUUCUACUGGCGUAUUUCAUUCCUGGGAAGAAUGUCAACAGGCUGUCAAUGGCUACUCUGGAGCAAGAUUUAAAAAAUUUGGUUCACAUGAAGAAGCAUCCAACUUUGUUGGUGGUUCCGACUCUGGUUUUUCAGGCGGCCAUUCCUCUUCAUAUGAUUCAAGUAGUUAUUCUGGCCAUCAAAGUUAUUCAAGACCAAGGUAUACAACUUACAACAAUGGUGUUUACAGACCAAGAAAUGACUUCAAACRUACAACAAGGAAAACRCAAUACCUUAGUCAACUCCCUUCUGCAAUUACAUGUACUGGUAGGGGAUCUUCAAGUGAGAGUGAACGUCCAGUUGUUUAUAGUGAUGGYUGUUGUACUGGAAAUGGUAGAUAYGGAGCCAAAGCUGGURUUGGUGUUUACUGGGGACCAGAUAGUCAUAAUAAUAUUAGUGAAAGGUUAARUGGCACACAAACAAACCAGAGAGCAGAAAUAACUGCAGCUUGCCGAGCUAUAGAAUCUGCCAAAAGUCGUGGUUACAAGUCUGUAGAAGUGCGUACAGACAGCAAGUAUACCAUUAAUGGAGCAACAGACUGGGUGAAAAAGUGGAAAGCGAAUGGUUGGAAGACUAUUAACAACACUGAUGUCAAGAAUAUGGAUGACUUUAAAAAGUUGGACAAAUUAUGUGGAGAGAUGAAUGUUAAAUGGACCCAUGUCGCUGGCCACAGUGGUCACCAUGGCAAUGAGAUGGCUGACAGUCUAGCUAAAGCUGGAUCCAAGUUGCCUUAGAGCACCAGAAAUAUAUUAUGCUCACCUACAUGUUUAUGUAGUUCCUGUUCUAAAAUGUUUUGUUGCUUUACAAAACAAUGUAUUUAUAAGACUGUUGUUUAUUUGCUAUUUGCAUGUAUGCAUGUAGGACAUGGCAGUAAAGUUGUAAACUGCUUGAAUAAGUUUGAUUUCCAGCUAUGCAGCAAACACAAAAACAGUCAUAGAUGAUGUAAAAGUAUGUAAAAGAUAUUUCAGAUAAAAACUACACUAUAGAUAUUAUAUAUUAUAAAUUGGGAACGGAUGUAAAGGAGAUUAAAAUUGCAUAUAUUUAGAAAGAUAUAUUUUUUGUUACAGUUAUAGAGUUUGAAAUAAAAAUUAGAUGUUGUA